UCGGAUUGAAUGAAGCGUCAUCCUUUCUGAUGUAGAGCGGCACGGUGGCCUUUCUUUGCUGCUCUACAUUUCCCCCCGUUUUUUCCGCCCUUAUCCCAGUAUUUCAGCUCUUAAUUUCUUUAACCAUGACUUUGAAGGUGUCACUUUUCGCCGCUUGCGUGCUCCUUUUGGCUGCUUUAGGCUCAGGGGUUUCAGCGGACGGUUUGGUGAACGAGGAGGUGAAACGGACAGUGGACCUGAGCACUCAUCUGGCUAAGAUCACCGCGGAGAUCGUGCUGUCCAACCAGGGACACUCUGCCGCCCAGAGCUUCAUACUGGCGGUAGAGGCGGACCUGGCCCCGCAUCUGGCUUACAUCGGAGCCUCGGUGAAGGGUGAUGAGGAGGAGGAUGGCACACUUGAGCUCCAGCAGACAACAAUCCAGGGCCAGAGGGGGGAGUUUUACAAAGUGCAACUGCCCUCCAGUCUGGUAGCUGGUGCUCAGCUGAAAGUGAAGGUGGAGAUGACAUUCAGCCACGUCCUGAGGCCCUUCCCCACACACAUCACCCAGGCCGAGCGACAGCUGGUGGUGUUUCAGGGAAACCACUACCUUUACUCACCGUACCCCACCCGAAGCCAGACCACACGUGUCCGCCUGGCCUCCAAGACUGUGGAGAGCUACACCAAGCUGGGCAACCCCACCAAGACCGAUGAGGUCAUUGAGUACGGACCCUUCCGUGAUGUGGCUCCAUUCACAGAGGAUACAAUGAAGAUUCAUUAUGAAAACAACACGCCCUUCCUCACCAUCAGCAGCAUCACUCGCACCAUUGAGGUGUCUCACUGGGGCAACAUUGCUGUGGAAGAGACCAUCGACCUGAGGCACACAGGAGCCAUCCUGAAGGGCCCUUUCUCACGUUACGAUUACCAGCGUCAGUCAGACAGUGGCAUCUCAUCUGUCAAAUCCUUCAAGACCAUUCUUCCUGCAUCAGCCCAGGAUGUCUACUACAGAGAUGAGAUUGGGAACAUCUCCACCUCCCACCUUCAGGUUCUGGAUGACUCAGUGGAGGUGGAGGUCAGGCCUCGUUUCCCCUUGUUUGGAGGCUGGAAGACCCACUACAUCAUUGGCUACAAUCUGCCCAGCUAUGAGUACCUCUACACUCUGGGCGACCAGUACGCGCUGAAGAUGAGACUAGUUGAUCAUGUGUACGAUGACCAGGUCAUUGACUCUCUGACUGUGAAAAUCAUCCUGCCAGAGGGGGCCAGAAACAUCCAUGUGGACACACCUUACAAAAUUGAUCGUUUGCCAAACCAGCUGCACUAUACAUAUCUGGAUACCUUUGGCCGACCUGUGCUGGUCGCCACCAAGAACAACCUGGUGGAGCACCACAUUCAGGAUGUUGUGGUUCAUUAUAACUUCAAUAAGAUCCUGAUGUUGCAGGAGCCUCUGUUAGUUGUGGGGGCUUUCUACAUUCUCUUCUUCACUGUUAUCAUCUAUGUCCGCCUGGACUUUGCCAUCACAAAGGACCCUGCAGCUGAGGUACGUAUGAAGGUGGCUUCCAUCACAGAGCAGGUGCUGACUCUGGUCAACAAACGUCUGGGUCUGUACAGACACAUGGAUGAGGUGGUCAACCGCUACAAGCAGUCCCGUGACACUGGGGCACUCAACAGCGGCCGGAAGACGCUGGAGGCCGACCACCGCACUCUCACCAACGAAAUCAGCUCGCUGCAGGCCCGCCUCAAAGCCGAGGGCUCCGACUUGGCUGAUAAGGUUGGGGAGGUGCAGAAGCUGGAUGGCCAGGUGAAGGAGCUGGUGUGUCGCUCCUGCCAGGAGGCGGAGCGGCUGGUGGCUGGUAAGGUUAAGAAGGAGGCUUACAUCGAGAGCGAGAAGACUCUGACCAGCAGGAGACAGGAGCUCGUCAGCCGCAUCGACAGUCUGCUGGAUGCCCUCUAAACUAUUCCUGCCACACUAGCACACAUAAAUACAUGUUAACAUACCGCACCCCAGCUACAACAUACAACCGAUUGUAUGUAUAAGAAUUAAAAGUGUGACACAAAUACUUCAACUUUUUUUUUUAAAACCAUCCUUGAACCUUAACAUGGACUUAUAACAUCUCAUCUUACUAUAGUGAUGAGUUUAUCCAAACACUUGUGCCUUUGUGCCUUGUGAUAAACUUGAGGUCACUACAUGUUCAGCUCUACAGCAGCGACAUCACAACUUCUGGCAUAUUUUUGUUUCUUUGUUGUCACACUUUGCUCAGACUUGACUUUUCAUUUUCACAUUCAAAUCUGGACACCGCAUAUUUUUUUUCCCACUCUUAAGUAUAUACGGUUAUGGGACUUUUUUUUUUUUUUUUAAAUGAAUAGCUGAGGGGCCCAAGUGUUUCCAGUCUCAUGCCUUUACUCAGACAUGCCGAAUUCUAAGAUUGAAUCAUCUCUAGCUCUUAAGAAUAAAGGUGAUAGUCUUUUCCGAUCUUUUCUCUCUUGCACUUACAACUUAUUUUCUACUCGCCCCCUGACUGACAUUUAUAUUUGAAAAAAGUUGAUGCUCUGAUUCUGUGUCAUCCCAGAUGCUUGUUGUUGAUGAUCCUCAGUAAUAUUUUCUAUAUUUUGUAUGGUUUUGUUGUUUUGUAAGUGGUAUUUUUAUCUACCAUGAGAUUAGCAAAUACAUGAGAUUAGGUUGUGUGUGAGAAAAGACAUGAGAAAUGGGACACAAGUGUUUGUAAAAUGGGCAAUGACAAGAGCUGUUAAAUUUGAAAUAAAAUGUGGAGAAACCCAUCAUUUACAAUGGUUAUUCAGAUAACACAGCAGGUGUAUAAAAAUGGAUAAUGGAGUUUAAUUUUGUUCCUCGUAUUGACUGAUGCGUUAGUUCAUUUGUAGAAGAAGUACCUUUGGUUCGUCAAAAGAGGGCGCACUUGUGUCAAAAACCACCACUUAACUAUAUUGGAGGUGUUUUUUUUCUCAUCAACAAAACUGCUCUGCUUUUGGACUCUGUCAAUGCCAUUGAAUUCUCUGCUGACACACAGAUAAAGAAUUGAAUAUGUCAUGCUAACAUCCCAAAAUAAAAAUAAGCCAUUUCUA